UCGCCGAAUAUCUCCCGUUGGCUUAUGACUGCAUCAUCUAGGGCGAUGCUCAGCACCACCAACAGUUCUGUCUCGUUCGGUGUAGUCCCCGAGGAGCACUGGUACCAGCCAGGCUGGAUUGACGAGAGCGUUGCGCGCCAGGGGCGCGAGAAGAUGGUCGAGCAGAACAUCAUCUACGGGGACAGCGUACCGUAUCGCAACAUGUGCAGGUUCAACUCUGGAUUCUUUUUCAAGCAGCCCCUACUACAAAAUUAUCGCUACUACUGGAGGGUCGAACCUGACAUUGAAUACACUUGCGACGUGGACUAUGACCCCUUUCGUUACAUGGUGGAGAACAACAAGACCUAUGGCUUCACGAUCUCGUUUUUUGAAUGGGAGCCCACAAUACCCACCCUCUGGUCCACCGUAAAAGAAUUUAUGGCGCUGCACCCUGAAUACAUUGCCGAUAACAACGCCAUGUCGUUUCUCUCUGACGACGGGGGCGAGAC